AAAGUCAAACCGUUUUGAUUUAGCAAAGCAGCAUGAAGGCUUUCUUAGUUCUGGUGGCUCUGGCUGUGGCCACUCCUGCCCAGGCUCGUCGUACCUUCGACCGCUGCUCCUUGGCCCGCGAGAUGGACCGAAUGGGCGUGCCCCGUUCCCAACUGGACAAGUGGACCUGCAUUGCCCAGCGCGAGAGCGACUACCGCACCUGGGUGAAGGGACCUCCCAACUCCGACGGCUCCGUCGACUACGGCAUCUUCCAGAUCAACGAUCGCUACUGGUGCAAGGCCCACGGACGCCAGUCCCCCAACGUGUGCGGUGUGAGCUGCGACGCCCUGUUGAGCGACGACAUCACCGAGUCCGUCCGUUGCGCCCGGAAGGUCCUCAGCCAUCAGACUUGGUCCGCCUGGGCCACCUGGGAGUUCUGCAACGGGUGGCUGCCAUCCAUCGAUGAGUGCUUCCAAUCUAACCACCUGAUAUUUGAUGGCAUAAAAAGUUAUUUCUAAAUAGGAAGUAAAUCCGUCCGAAAAAAGCUGUUAAAAUACAUGUAUGUUCAAGUAAACCUAGAACUAGUUUCAGCUUAAAUGGACAAGUUUUUGACACCUUUCUGCAAAUCCAUUUUUCGAAAAUUUUUGAAAUGACGAUAAAUUGAAACAAAUAUACAAACAAUGAUUUGAACACAGA